AUCAAUGCUCUCCAUAAAAGACCCAAUAAAUGCUGUAGAGAGGAAUUCUGCAUUGGAGAGAGGUAGGACAUUUGCUUUCCAGUGUUUCUUGUGACUUGGGGACUCUAUGAUUCCAUGGCAGAACAAAGUGGUUUCUUCACCUGGAUUUUCAUUCCCCAGGAAUCUCCUUUUGGGGCUCUGCUGGCAGCAGAGGAAAGAUACAUGGCUGUGGGAAGGAACAUCAGCAUGACAACCAAUUUCAUACUUUUGGGAUUUUCAGAAAGUCCAGAGCUACAGGUUGUCCUUUUUGUGUUGUUUUUGGGGAUCUACUCCAUGACUGUGGCUUGGAACCUGGGCCUCAUUGUCUUGAUCCGAUUGGAGUCAUGCCUCCAUUCUCCCAUGUACUUCUUUCUUGGCAACCUGUCCUUUGUUGACAUCUCAUAUACAUCCAUUGCUCCCAAGAUGCUCUGCGACUUCUUCAAGCAGCAGAAGACAAUCUCCUUUGUGGGCUCUGCUGCCCAGUUUUUCUUCUUCAUUGGUAUGGGGGGCUCUGAAUGCUGUCUCCUGGCAGCCAUGGCAUAUGACCAGUAUGCUGCCAUCUCCCACCCUCUUCUCUACACAGCCCUCAUGUCACCCACCAUCUGUUUGGGGAUGGUCAUUACAGCAUACACUGGAGGGUUGUUCACUGAACUGGUCCAAACAAGAUCCAUAUUCCAGCUGCGUUUCUGUGGGUCACGAGUCAUUAACCACUUUUUCUGUGACCUGCCACCUCUGCUUGUCUUAUCUUGCUCUAGUACCUUCCUCAGCCAGGUAGUGAACUUUCUUGUUGUGUAUGCAGUUGGUGGGACAUCAGCUCUUGUUGUCCUGGUGUCCUAUGGCUACAUCAUUGCUGCUGUCAUGAAGAUACAUUCAACCCAAGGGCAGAUGAAGGCUUUCAACACCUGUGCCUCUCAUCUGACCACAGUAAUUCUCUUCUAUGGCUCUGGUCUCUUUUCAUAUCUCCAUUCAAGUGCUGGCUACUCACAGGACCAAGACAAGGUGGUGUCUGUGUUCUAUGGAGCUAUGAUUCCCAUGAUGAAUCCCAUUAUAUAUAGUUUGAGAAACAAGGAGAUCAAAGAUGCAUUGAAAAAACUCAAGGACAGGAAGAAGCAGAUGUCCUCUCUGUGUCUUGUAGUUCCUUGA